AUGUGGGUGGUGAGCGUGACCAGUACGCUGCACAUGAGCCUGGAAUCCAGUCUUGUGGUCCGAGGUGUAGUCAACAACGCGGUGGGUGCCAUCAGCCUCAUCCAGAGUGUACUGUCCCUUCACAACAUCUCCAUCACGAUGUUCCCAGGCGCUCUUGUGGUCAUCAUCGCAUUGGUUGCCUGCUUGGCCGUCGUGAUUGCUGCUACCGAUGAGCAUCACUCUCAUCCCAAGUACAAGUUCGAGUACGGAGUCAAGGAUGGCCACACCCACGAUCACAAGAGCGCCUGGGAACAUCGUGAUGGAGAUGUCGUGAAAGGACAGUACACUCUGGAUGAGGCCGAUGGCACCCACCGCGUUGUUGACUACACCUCAGACCACAAAACUGGAUUCCAGGCUCAUGUGCAGCGCACGGGACAUGCUCACCAUCCACAUGGCGAGAGCUACACCAACAUUGAUCAACACCAUUGA